GCGUGGAGGCAUGUGAGAAAAAACAGGUUUUCUCCAGGACCUGAAGGCAGCACGAGGUGUGGACUCUGCUAUGGAUCAGUGUCAGGACAGAGAAACCAAUCUGUGUGGGAAACAUGACAGUCAGACCAAAGCUCAGAGGAAGCAGCUGCAGAGACCAGACUCCCCAGAACCUGAACCUGGACCUGGACCUGAACCUAGCUGUGUGUCCAUGAAGAGUGACUGGUCUAUGGAUCGCCCUAUUGACAUCAAAGUUGGACAACCUGAUCGCAGAGUUCAGCAGCAGAGCUCAGAGGGCCUCAGUGGUCAGUCUGCCCCACAGCAUCAAACAGAUCUGGAUUCCAUAUUUAUGCUGCUGGAGGAGAACAUUGUCACUUUUGUGAAGAACGAGCUGAAGAAGAUCCAGAAGGUUCUGGGUCCAGAUUACACAGAAUGCUUAAAGAGUCAGAGGGAGGAUGAGGAGGUGUUGGAGGGUGAGGAGGAGGAGCAGAGGAGGAGAAGCAGAGAGGAGUUUCUGAAGAUCACACUUCACUUCCUGAGAAGAAUGAAGCAGGAGGAGCUGGCUGACUGUCUGCAGAGCAGAAGUCAUUCUGGAGCUUGUCAAGGUAAACUGAAGUCCAACCUUCAGAAGAAGUUCCAGUGUGUGUUCGAGGGUAUCUCUAAAGCAGGAACCCCAACCCUUCUGAAUCAGAUCUACACAGAGCUCUACAUCACAGAGGGAGGGACUGCAGAGGUCAAUGAUGAACAUGAGGUCAGACAGAUUGAAACAGCAUCCAGGAAACCAGACAGACCAGAAACAAAAAUCAGACAAGAAGACAUCUUUAAAGUCUCCCCAGGAAGAGAUGAACCAAUCAGAACAGUGCUGACAAAGGGAGUGGCUGGCAUUGGGAAAACAGUCUUAACACAGAAGUUCGCUCUGGACUGGGCUGAAGACAAAACCAACCAGGACAUCCACUUCACAUUUCCAUUCACUUUCAGAGAGCUGAAUGUGCUGAAAGAGACAAAGUUCAGCUUGGUGGAACUUGUUCAUCACUUCUUUACUGAAACCAAAGAAGCAGGGAUCUGCAGGUUUGAAGAGUCCCAAGUUGUGUUCAUCUUUGACGGUCUGGAUGAGUGUCGACUUCCUCUGGACUUCCACAACACUGAGAUCCUGACUGAUGUCACAGAGUCCUCCUCAGUGUAUGUGCUGCUGACAAACCUCAUCAGGGGGAAUCUGCUUCCCUCUGCUCGCCUCUGGAUAACCACACGACCUGCAGCAGCCAAUCAGAUCCCUGCUGACUGUGUUGACAUGGUUACAGAGGUCAGAGGGUUCACUGACCCACAGAAGGAGGAGUACUUCAGGAAGAGAUUUAGAGAUGAGGAGCAAGCAAACAGAAUCAUCUCCCACAUCAAGACAUCACGAAGCCUCCACAUCAUGUGCCACAUCCCAGUCUUCUGCUGGAUCUCUGCUACAGUUCUGGAUGUGAUGAAAACCAGAGAGGGAGGAGAGCUGCCCAAGACUCUGACUGAGAUGUACAUCCACUUCCUGGUGGUUCAGUCCAAAGUGAAGAACACCAAGUAUGAUGGAGGAGCUGAGACAGAUCCACAGUGGAGUCCAGAGAGUAGCAAGAUGAUUGAGUCUCUGGGAAAACUGGCUUUUGAUCAGCUGCAGAAAGGAAACCUGAUCUUCUAUGACUCAGACCUCACAGAGUGUGGCAUCGAUAUCAGAGCAGCCUCAGUGUACUCAGGAGUGUUUACACAGAUCUUUAGAGAGGAGAGAGGACUGUACCAGGACAGGGUGUUCUGCUUCAUCCAUCUGAGUGUUCAGGAGUUUCUGGCUGCUCUUCAUGUCCAUCUGACCUUCUUCACCUCUGGAGUCAAUCUAAUUGCACAAAAACCAACAACAUCUCGGUGGUCUGAAUCGUUCAGUAGCAAAUUGACACGUUUCUACCAGAGUGCUGUGGACAAAGCCUUGCAGAGUCCAAAUGGACACCUGGACUUGUUCCUCCGCUUCCUCCUGGGUCUUUCUCUGCAGACCAAUCAGACUCUCCUCAGAGGCCUGCUGACACGGACAGGAAGUAGCUCUCAGACCAAAAAGAAAACAGCAAAAUUCAUCAAGAAGAAGAUCAGUAAAAAUCUUUCUCCAGAGAGAAGCAUCAACCUGUUCCACUGUCUGAAUGAACUGAAUGAUCAUUCUUUAGUGGAGCAGAUCCAACAAACCCUGAGAUCAGGAAGUCUCUCCACCGAUAAACUGUCUCCUGCUCAGUGGUCAGCUCUGGUCUUCAUCUUACUGUCAUCACAAACAGAUCUGGAUGUGUUUGACUUGAAGAAAUACUCUGCAUCAGAGGAGGCCCUUCUGAGGCUGCUGCCUGUGGUCAAAGCAUCCAACAAAGCUCUGCUGAGUGGCUGUAAGCUCUCAGAGAGAAGCUGUGAAGCUCUGUCCUCAGUCCUCAGCUCCCAGUUCUCUAGUCUGAGAGACCUGGACCUGAGUACAAACGACCUGCAGGAUUCAGGAGUGAAGUGUUUUUCUGCUGGACUGAAGAGUCCACACUGCAGACUGGAAACUCUCAGUCUGUCAGGCUGUAUGAUCUCAGAGGAAGGCUGUGCUUCUCUGGCCUCAGCUCUGAGCUCCAACCCCUCCCAUCUGAGAGAGCUGGACCUGAGCUACAAUCAUCCAGGAGACUCAGGAGAGAAGCUUCUGUCUGCUGGACUGAAGGAUCCACACUGGAGACUGGACACUCUCAGGGUGGACCAUGGUGGACUGCAGAGACUAACCCCUGGUCUAAGGAAGUAUGUCUGUGAACUGGAACUGGACACAAACACAGUGAACAGUGAUCUCAAACUCUCUGACAACAACAGGAAGGUGACAUGUAUGAAUGAGUAUCAGUCAUAUCCUGAUCAUCCAGACAAAUUUGACUGGUGUCCUCAGCUGCUGUGUAGAACUGGUCUGACUGGUCGCUGUUACUGGGAGGUCGAGUGGAGUGGAGGAGUUUAUAUAUCAGUGAGUUACAGAGGAAUCAGCAGGAGAGGACUAGGGGAAGAUUGUGUGUUUGGAUUGAAUGAGCAGUCCUGGAGUCUGGACUGCUCUGAUGAUGGUUACAUUGUCUUCCACAAUAACAGAAAAAAAGUCCUUUCCCCCUCCUCCUCCUCGUCCUCCCCCCCCUCUGGUAGAGUAGCAGUGUAUGUGGACUGUCCUGCUGGCAUUCUGUCCUUCUACAGAGUCUCCUCUGAAACACUGAUCCACCUCUACACCUUCAACACCACAUUCACUGAACCUCUUUAUCCUGGCUUUGGGUUUGUGGUCAUACCAGCUGGUUCCUCAGUGUCUCUCCUUUGAAGAGAAACUCUGCUGACUGAAAUCAAAGUUCUGUCUGUUCACUAUCACUCACACUCUGCACUGUGAAGCAGAUCUGUCUCAGUCUCAAACACAAAAUGUUAAUUUUGUCUGAAAGGCUUUGGUGUAUCUCUGUCCAUGUACACAUGCUGUAAUAAACUUGUACAUAUUGAAGUAGGAACAACUGAUUCUCAUCCAGUUAUUUAUUUAAUUAAUCCAAGAUUGACCUGAAUGAGCCGUUGUCCCGCUGAUCAAGCUAGCUAAUUAGCACGAGCAGAUGACUUUGCACUGGUACUGGUUGCAAAACAAUCAACGUGCCAAUGGUCAAAAACUACAAUGACGACGGCGAAAAUGCCCAAUUUAACCCUUUGAUGCACAAGAUGGGUCUAAAGUGACCCGACUAAGUUUUUAUAUUCUAUAUCUUUACAAUAAAUCAAUUUCAUCAUUCAGUAUUGAAGGUUUUCCUCAAAUAACGUUUUUGAUCAUCAUACAUCCUAAUUUGUGUUUUAAUUCCUUACUUUUUGUAUAAAAACCUUUAUUUUUUAUCACUAUCCUUCUAAUGCACAAGGUCAUUUUUGACCCAUGUUAUGCAUUAGAAGGUGUUUAUAUGUUGUGCAUCAAGGGGUCACCAAUUCAUCUAUCACCAAUUUAAAACCUGAUAAAGAAGACACAAAUAUGAACCAUCCUAUUUUGUUAAAUUGGUGUAUUUCCAAUUAAAUGGAAAUUAUUAUUUGGUGGCUCUAAGUCUCAAAUGUUAAAAUAGGUGAUUUUUUCAAUGUAAUCUGGUGGUUCUGACAACUCUUUUUAAGUUAAACCUUAAAAAUAAGACAAACAUAGUUACACAAAUUGUUCAUUUUUUUCGCUUUUUGUAUCACCACGCUUCUAAUGCACAAGGUCAUUUUUGACCCAUGUUCUUAAACUUGAUGUAAUAAUACAAAAACUAUUUUUCUUCAUAAAAUAUGAAAGGAAAAAAUGGAUAUAAUGAUCUGUUGUUUUAAAAAAAAGAUGUUCAAACAGACAGCCAGCAUGAAAUAACAUGGGAAAUGAAUGCGGGUCCCAUGUUGACUCUCCAUAAGAGUGACACGAGCGUGACUUCAACAUGACAUGGGAUGUGUCAUGAACAUUAAUGACACUUUGAAGUAACAUUAAUGCUCAUGAUACUUGUCAUGUCAUGUUUCUGACAGGCUUGUGUGACUCUU